AUGCCACGAUGCUCAGGGUGGCGCCAGACUUUCAGUGUGAAAAGUGGGGAGGAGGAGGAGAUAUUCAAGAUAGUGGGUCCAUGUCGCACCGGUCGAUGCGUAUGCUGUGCAUGCAAGGAUCACACAUUUAAUAUCAACAGUGCUGCUAAUGGCGAACAGAUAGGUGCUUUGACGAAACAGUUCUCGGAAACGGCUAAGGUGGUUCACACAAACACAGACAACUUCAGUGUAUCCUUUCCCAAGGAUUUGCACGUACGAGCCAAGGCCUUAGUACUGAGCUCAGUGUUUCUCAUUGAUUUUCUAUUUUACGAGUUCAAUGCAGCUAAAGAAUGCUGUAUCUGGUGCAAUUGUGUAAUCGAGUGUAUUGGAGUCUUGGGAGACUUCAAUUGA